CCCUCCGGCCCGGGACGCCGCCUCCGCUGCCACCAUGUGCGACUGUUUCCACCUGGCGUUCCCCAACUGGCAGGCGGCCUCGUCAGGGACGGGUCGAAGGCUUAGAGCACCAGAGCCGGGUACAGAGGACGACUCGACAUGUGACGAGCCAUCUCAGUUCACGGAGAGACCGCGGCCUCAAGGAUCGUCCCCCGUCGAGGAGUACCCCGAAACCGAAAAAUACACCGACAGUGACAAAGAGUGUGAAGCAGAGCAUGACCCGCACCACAAGAGAGGGAGUGGAAAGAAGACUAAGAAGUCUGGGCUCGGGUCCAUGUUUGAAAAGCGUUCAACUCCAAAGAUGAGCAAACUGAAGGAAGAUCACAGUCCUGAAUCUGGAGUGAUAGUGAAAACGGCCAAAGGCGGAUGUGCGGAAGGUCUGGUCUAUGGCGGAGGGGGCGAAGAGGGAAUCUUCAUCAAGGAGGUGGUACCGGAGUCACCUGCCUCAAAAAGUCUGGAACUGAAAGAAGGCGAUCAGCUCCUGAGCGCCACGGUGUACUUUGACAACGUGUCGUACGAGGACGCCAUUCAGAUUCUGGAGCACGCUCAGGCAUACAAAGUGAAGCUCUGCCUGAAGCGCAAACCAGACGUCACGGAGAGUGAAUCAGCCAUCGAAUCCGACGCCAUCCCUGAGGAAGACGUCUACGCUCCAGAAAUGAGGGAGCAAGGGAAAACCAAAAGGCGCGCCGAAGCCCGCAUUUCAUGGCCUAAGUUUCCCUCCUUUGGAAAAGGACGCAAGUCCCGUUUCACACGGUCGCACAGCUCCUCCGAGGCCGACGAGCAGAGGAAGCUUGAGCUCAGUCCCACUACAAGUGACACAGAGUCCCCUAUCAAAUCACAGGACGCUCUGAAAGGCAAGAAGAAGCAUAAAAUAAAGCUUUCUGGUCUAAAAAAGAGAGGCAGAGUCAGUUCAUCGGAAGACCAGGACACUGACGCACCGGCAUCUGCUCAGAUGGCUUCGCCUGAGUGCCUUGAAAGCCCCUCAGGAGAAACACCUCAAGUAUACGUGACAGAGGAUCCAAAAGUAGUGGAGGACGUGAGACUUGAUCAAGAAAUGACAGAAGCUCAAAGUGUUUCACACAAGGUGGAACUCGUCACUAUAGCUAGCACUUGGAAAACAGAAGAUCUUACCGUGGCUCUGGCAGGUCAAGAAGAUCCCUCUGGUAUCAAGUCCUCCGAUGGGAAGAAAAAGAAGAGCGAACUCUCUCAAUUGAAAAUGAAGAUUUUGGGGAAGGAUAAGUCGCACAAGAAAGAUACAAAAGCAAAAUCCUCUCCAAAAAGAUUGAAGACGCUGGGGGCAAGUAUUGAAAAUGCAGACAAACCUGAAAAUGGAAAAUCUGAACCAGACACAAAACUACCAGGAGAUCAACUCGAUGCCGACAACCAAGUAAUCAAAACGAGCGUAUCAAAGGGGGAACUUGAGAUACCUGACAUUGCAUUAAUACAAAAAUCUCCGCAGAAAGGUGCAGAGAAAACAAAGAAAGGUAAGGACAUUAAACCGAAACAGGAAAUAAAGAAGGAUCCAACAUUCAAACUGCCUAAGGUAGGCUUCAGUGACAUCGCCAGCGAGGAAAGCAUCAAAAAAAUGAAUGCAAAUGCUGAGGAAUUCACAACUAAAAUUGAGAAACACAGAGCUGAGGUUCCAGAAGUGAAAGAAGAUCCUUAUCAGCGACUGUCAAAAAGCCUUCCCAAACGUGAAGACAUUGAGAUUCCAGGCAUGGAGGACAUGUCCAAGAGGACCAGAGCCAAAAGAAUUAAAGAGCCUAAAACAGCUUUUACCGGACAUUAUGAGGACAUUCAAGCUGAAACUGUACAAAUGUCAAUUGAUGUCGACCGAGUGAAAGAGGCAGUUUCAAAAUUGCCUGGAUUUAAGCUGCCAAAGGUUGACACCAGUGGAAUGCCUAUUCCAGAAGAAAUCACUGUCAUCGACGCGAAUGCACAAAGAAUAUCUGUGAAAACACCCACUAAAACAAAACAUGACACACACUUAAGUAAGUUCGACGUUACUGCAUCUCCAGACAUCUCCAAGACUACAAUCAAACUACCAAAGAUCACACCUGCUGAUUUAGCUUCGGAGGAGAUUUUAAUCGUGUCCCAGGAGGAUUCAAAGAACCCUGAAAAGGAAUACAAAGCCGAGCCAAACAAAAAAAGUGACAAAGAGGUUUAUAAAAGAGAACAUAUCAUAAUAGCUGGAAAAGAAAGCCCUCAAGAAGAAGCCAUCCUUCAGACACAAGAAACACAAGGCCAAGAGGGAAUCAAAUCUCAAUACACAUCAGCGACAACAUUCAAAACAAAGAGGGUAAAGGUAACAAUGCCCGGCUUUGGGAUUGGAAAACCAGACAUAAAGAUCCCUGACGUUGGAAUUUACUUGCCAAAACAAAAUAUCUCUGAGCAAAAAGUUGACAACAUAAAAGGAGAAAGGACUAUAUUCCUCCAAGGGGAAGACACUCCAAAUACAGAAACAAUAAACAAGAUUGAAGGAGUCCCAUUGGAUGUCAAAGUACCUGAAAUGGAAGGCAUUGAAUACAUUGAUUCAGUCGACGGUUCACCAGCCGCAAAGGAUGGCGGGAUUAAACUCUCAGGUUUCGGUGUUAAUCUUAAUGCUGACAUCCCAAAGGCUCACAUCCCCUGUCCAGAUGUCAGAGGAGAAGUAAACGUUGAUGAAGCCAGAAAGGAGACAUUCCAACUGCCCAAGAUUGGAGAAGGAACUCCGGACAUCAGCAUAAAUGUGCCACAUGCAAAUGAGGACAUAAACAUUGACAGGGCUGAGUUAAAAACACUUAAAAUGGGGGGAAAGGGUGUUGAAUUCCAUCUUCCAAAUCUCUGCAUCUCCAUGCCAGAGGUGAAGGAACCUAAAAUUGACUCAAGCCUAUCAAAAAAAGAUGUUGAUUUCACAAUACCAGAGGCUAAAGCUGAAGUCACACUCCCAGAAGCCCUUUACAGUGACACUACCCUUGUAACCAUAGAUGUUUCCCAUCCAGAGCAAAAGAUGGAAGUUCAAAAACCUGAAUUCAAAAUCAGACCCCUGAGGACCGAAGGGGAACUUGAUGGGAAUGAAGGCAAGUUUAAAAUGUCAGGAUUUGGUGUAAAAAUACCCAAAAUACCAGAGGCAGAAUAUGACUUAAGCUUAUCAAAGAAAGAGGUAGAUGUAAUUUUGCCUCAUGUUAAAGCAGAAGUCAAGCUUCCUCAUUUUGAAAAUACAGAAUCUGGUAUUAAAGUUGAGGGCAAAGCUCCAGAGAUUGCAGUUUACGAACAGGAGACUGAACGAUCAACAUCAAAAUUUAAGAUGCCAACUUUUAAACUACCAACAGUUGGAGUUGGUACUCCAAACAUGUUGGUGGAAGUAUCUGAUACGGACAAAGAUCUGAAGAUUGACGGAGCUGACAUUAACAGGCUAGUUAACAUUGAAGCACCCAGUGUUGAGAUUGAGGAUCAAUCAAUUGAUAUAAAAGCAAUAGGAGCAGAUCAGGAGGGUAAGGGAAGCAAGUUUAAAAUGCCACAUCUCGGGUUCUCUUUGCCUAAAGACAAAGAGCCUCAAAUUAAUUUAAGUUCAACAAAGAAAGACGUAGAUGUCACACUGCCAGAAAUCAGUGCUGAAAUCCAACUCCCAAGAGCCCCUCAAAUUGAUGCAAGUCUUGGAAAGGAAGUUUUGAUUCCGGAGAUGAAAAUGCAAGUUAAAAAGUCUGAUUUAGAAAUGAAACCGUUGCAAAGUGAUGUUCAAAUUGACAGUCAAGGAAGCAAGUUUAAAAUGCCGAAGUUGGGAAUGUCAAUACCAAAAGUCAAAGGGCCUGAAAUUACCUUUGGCUUAUCAAAGAAAGAUUUAGAUGUUACGCCGGCAGAAGCCAAAACUGAAGUACAAGUCCCUGAAGUUGAACUGAAAGAACCCUCUGCUAAGGUAGAAAUUAAAGCUCCUCAAAAAACUAAGGAAGUAUCACCAGCAAAAUUUAAGAUGCCGACGUUCAAGCUACCAAAAAUUGGAGUUGGAACUCCAAACUUUUCUGUAGAAGUACCUGAAAUGAACAAAGAUGUACAAAUGGAUGGAGCUGCUAUGAAUAUCCCUGACGAAGGGUUUGCAGUUGACAUUGCAACACCCAGCAUUGACAUUGAGGGCCCUUCAAUGGAUAUGAAGACUACAGGAGUUGAACAAGAGGAGAUGGGAAGCAAAUACAAAAUGCCACAUCUUGGUUUCUCUAUGUCAAAAGUGAGGGACCAAAAUGAUUCAAGCCUACCAGAGAAAGACAUAGAUGUAAAUUACCAGAGACAAAGCUGAUGUCAAACUUCCUGAAGUGAUCUU